AUGGCAAAUAGACAUGCACCAUCUCGAUCGGGGCAACGAAGCGCGCCGCCUCCACCACCCCGAAGACCAAAUUGCAAUAGUGUGACAAAUCAAUCACCGCCGUAUAAGUUGAAACAUAUCAGUGAAGUAGAAGGUAUAGAAGCACCGAACCAGCUGUCAAGUGGAGGGCAAUAUUAUCCUCUUGUCCAGUUGGAAGAGCCUGUUAAGAAAGAAGAGGACGACCGAGGUGUGUACGCUGUUAGAGGCAUAGUCUACUUGGAAGGCAAAAAGCACGACUCGCAGCUGGAAGCAGGAAGCACAUGUCAAAUUUGGGUUGAGGAGGUGGAAAAGUGGCUUGAUGCACUAGUCGAACAGGCCGCAGUACACACGAUUCCUAAUACUGAUGGUAGAUUUAGAUGCUUUACGGUCAUGUACAUGCUGCCAGUAGACACUACGGUAAACAGUGGAACAACAAUGAAGCCUAUAGUGGAACGCGAGGUCCUGGCAGAUCGCUUGCGGAUUCCGAUGCCGAUAGGCGUGUCGCUUGAAUCUGCUGAGAAAAUGGUAGAUCAGUGGCGCACUAGCGGAGGUGCAGCAUAUAAGGGAACAAAGCCUUUCGUUGCGAUUGACGAGACAACUGGCAUGGGUGAAUGGAAUACAGUUGAAGUUCGACAGAUUGACGAAAGCCCUGACGCUGUAGCGAGACUUGCAGCGGAAGCAGAAGUUGAGGCACAGCGUACAUGUGAUGAGCAAGAACGUCUCAAUGCACUGGAAGAUAUGUCAUCGCAAGGCGACAAUGCAUUGGGUGCAUACAACCCUUGGGGAGGAACUUACAAGGGUGUAAAUAUUGAUGAUGCCAGCACUGCAAGUGCUCUACGACGCGAUGAGAUCAAUAUCACUUCAAACGGAAACGUCAGCUUCAAAAAGCGUGAAAAGAGACACAAACGUAGGAGAAUACACACGGAAAACCAGUAA